UCAACAUUGUACAACAACCAAGAUGUCUACCCCAUCCCUUGAAUACUUGAAUAAUGUGUGGCAGUACCUUCCGCAGGGCCACGAAAAACCCCUGAAGCAAGCUUUUUACAACACAAUUGCUAAUAUAUUUAUCGUUUUAGCAGGGGCAGUUUCUGUUGCAGUCUAUUUCAUCCUUGCUCCAUUUAUUAGACCCUUGUACUGGGCUCUGUUAUGCGGAAAUUUCUUGUACCCUUUCAAACGCAGUCUAACGAACGUACUACGACAAUGGCUGAAAGGUUUACAAGAUUCAGGGACACCUUUUGCUGUUGGAAUGAUACUUCUCCCGUUGAAAAUUGCAAAUACUUUAGCUGAGUCCAUGACUAUGAUGAUAUGGGCCAAUAUCAAGCUAUUGUUUGGAAUCGCCUUCGCGAUUUCAGCAAUGUAUAUUUUAUAUCACUUCAUUCCACUGAGCUAUUUGUUUGAUAUUCUCUGCAGUUUUCUAAAUUUUCUGUACGAUUUUGUGGAGUAUUUUAAUUCUUACUGGGUGUGGACCCUACUUGUAGGUCACCUACUCUGUGUGAUCUUUCUCUGGAAACCAGAAUCAACAUGGCUGCGCUGGAUGUCUGCACCAGUCUGGGUCUCUGUCUUGCUGCAUUUAGCCAACAUUGCUGGUCCCUUGAAGGUGCCGCUGUUUUUUUUCAUGGUCAUUGUGAUGGUGGCAGGGGUUGUUGUACAGAUGGGGCCGUCAGAAACUCCAGAAUCAGCAUCUGGGGGACAGAAAAGUCCAUCAUUCUGUUCAGUCAUAGCUGCAGCUGUUGGGCUAUCAAAGGACUCUAACUCCACACCAGACGGGGAGAAAGAUGGCGCAACCAAGGUAGAAACCAAAACUGCGACGCUAGAAGAAAGCCCAAUAGUCCGACCCCCAGAAACUUUACCUGCACCAAAGCCUCUAACACUUAAUCUACCUGCUAGGCCUGACCCUCAUGUCCAUCCUAUUAAAACAGAGGGAUCUCCUGCGCCUAAAGCUAAAGCUGACCCCAGUGUCAAGUCCCCUGCUGGAGACACGCCCCCUCCCAAGUCUAUUGUGGACCAGAGCUUCACAGCCCUGCUGUGGGGGCAUGUUAUAGUUCGUCUGUGGAUGCAUCUCUGGAUUAUUUCCCUUCUUUUUAUGCUGCCACUUUUGCAUGUCGGUUUCAAGAAAAUAGUUCAACAGUUUAAGCCCAAUGGUAUGCUACAUGGCACUGCUCAAAAUGCCAAGGCCAGUAUUUCCCAGUGGUUUGAAACUCGACAACAAGCUCUGAUGCCACAGUGUCUCAGAGGCCUCGGCUCCCUUCUUUCAAAAGGGGAUAGAAAGAUCAUCUCAAUCCUAGAACAAGGGUUGGACCAGGCCACGAGUAUUUUGUUUAUUCUGAUGUUGUUGGUUGGGACAUUUCUCUUCUCCAUCAUUGGUGCUGUUCAGAUCCAGAGAGAGAGCAUGUAUAUGAUAACAACCACACAGAAUGUCCUCAACAACACAGUCAACUCAGAGCUCUCAGAAUGGAUGCCCAAUGCUGAGGAACUGAAGAAAACAAUGGAUCAGGUGCUACAGAAGACACACGAGCAUGGAAGAAAUUUUAUUUCAAACAAAGUCCAUGAGUUUCUACCUGUGGAUGGCUCAGAUGAAGAAAAGGACAAUGUGGUCAACCAGGUACUGGACGUGUGGGACAAGCUCUACGCCUCCAUGUUGACCAUGAAUGAGAAGCGCAACCAGACGUCCAGCUCUCAACCCGUGCUGCCCUCGGACAUGGACACGCUGAUGUCCAUGUUCUACAGGGUCAAGGACAUGCUGCAGAUCUCAGCUGCAGUAGAGUUUGUCAAGGCCAAUUUAGGCAUGUUUAUGUCGGUCCUGGAAUCAGUGUGGGCCGUGCUGAAAGGGAACAUGUCCCUCCUGAUGACCGUCAUCACCUCCAUUGUGUCCGCCCUGCUGGGAGGGGGCACGGCUAUUUUAAAUUUCGUCAUUUCGGCUAUAAUUUUCCUGACCACCCUAUUCUACCUGCUGGCCUCUAGUGGAGAGAUGUACAAACCUGCUGAACUUUUCUGUAACAUGAGUCCUGGCUCUACUGGCAACCGUUUUGGUCAAGCUGUUGAAAAAGCCAUCAGUGGUGUCUUCAAAGCAUCUUUGAAAAUGGCCACAUUCUAUGGAUUAUACACCUGGCUCAUUCAUCUCGUAUUUGGCCUGGAUAUUAUUUUUAUCCCCUCAGCUCUAGCUGCUGUGUUUGCAGCCAUCCCAUUCCUUGGACCCUAUUGGGCGGCUGUGCCGGCUGUCAUUGACCUUUGGCUAGUCAAGGGUCAAGGUCUCAACGCUCUCUUGCUGUUUGUGGCACACAUGAUGCCAGCGUAUGUGGUGGACACAGCAAUCUACAGAGAGAUAGAGGGGGGUCACCCCUACGUCACAGGCCUGGCCAUCGCUGGGGGCAUCUUGUUCAUGGGGCUUGAGGGGGCAAUUAUUGGACCAAUCAUCCUGUGCUGCCUGAUUGUGGUGGUCAACAUGUACAGCAGCAUGCUGCAGACUGACCCCACCACCCCCAACCCAGCACCUCUAAACAUUAGCCUGCAGUCAGUACUGAACAGAAUUCAGCAGAAAGAACAAUAUAAGGGCACACGGUCUGUAAGCUCGGACUCUUUCCAUGUGCACUAGCCAGAGGGCAAGAAGCUGUCAUCAGUGAGGAACGCUGCAUGGAGAAAAAUGCAUUAGAAAUCCCAGGAGCCAGAAGAUGUCAACAUCAAAGGACUUGUACCUGUAUCAGACUUUGACGCUUGAACCAAGUGUGUAGAUCACUCUCCAAAAACUGCUUAGAUCAGCAAUAUAUUUUUACAUUCGUUUUUUUUACCAUGCCUAUAACAAGACCCUAGAGAUAAUGCAUCGUUAAUCUGUUGGAUUUUUUUUUUUAGUGAGUAUGCUCCAUUAGUUGGUUUUACAUUUUUUUCCAUCACAAAACUUACCCUUGUUAUACUUUCGCAAAAGUUUUUAUAGGUUUUGUUACUAAUGCGUAUCUUAUAAGUCUUUGAAAUCACUUACUCUUUAAUAUAGAAUAAACAAUUUUGGUACAUUUGGUUUAAUGAUUUUUUAUCCUUAUAGUGUUACCUUGUUCUUCGAGAAUAAAGAAAAAGUUCUCUAAUUGUCUUUUUUUUAAAAUAUAUUUAUACACAUUUUUAAAUUUAAUUUUUAUUUUGAAUUUGAUUUGAAGAAUUUUUUAAAAAUGAAAAGUUUUAAAACGUGCAAUUACACAAUUUCUUAAAGAAUUUGAAUACUAGUGUAGAAACAGCAGUUUCAUAAUACCCAACAUGAGUUAACAAGUGAAAUAAGUACAAAUAAAAAUUAUAGUUUAAACCCUAAUCUAGCUUAUACUAUUGCUGUAUGCUUUUUAAAAAACAGAACUAAAGACAAUUUUACUUUUAAUGCUAAAUAUUGAACACGAUUUUAUUUUAUCUUUCUUAAUCUUUUAACUAAACUCUCAAAAGCCUUAUUAUAAUGUCUUUCAUGUGUAUUAUUUUUCUACUCAAUUAGAAAUAUAUUGCCAUAAUAUUAACAAGAGAAUAAGAAUUUCUUCAAAAAUAUUAGCAUUUUCAGUAAGUCAAUAAGUGUACAUGUGUAAUUAUCUAGGUCUGUGUUGUGUCCAUUAGUUUAGGUUUUAGAGAAUCGCAAUUGACCAGUCUUUAUUUUAUAGCCCCAUUUCCCAUUUUAGAUUAACCAAAAUUGAUGUCAUACCACCAGUAACUCAGUCUUUUGUCUAAUUAUUUUUCUAUAAUUUUCCCUCUUUAGCAAGAAGUGUUAGAAUAUAAUUUGUAAAGUUUCUUAGAAAUAUUGUGUGCCAUAAAAAUAAUAAAGAUCUGAAUUAUUUCGUGUACAGUUUGUCUUAUGUGUUCAUUGGGUUAGUUUUUUUAUUAUCACAAUUAUUUAUUUCAGACUAUUUAAAAUGUCUGUUCUAAUUAUAGCAUUUCAACUAUUUUUUUCUAAUUUUUAAAAUUUUCUAGUCUAUUUUUAUUUACAAAUAUUUCUCCAUCAAAUUGUUAAAAACUCAGUUUGUCAUCACUGGUGUUGAAAAACUGGUAUGACCAAGUUCGUCAUUGUAAGUCAAUUGUUGAGAUGUUAAAUUAAUGGUAUGACCAAGUUGGUCGUUAAAAAUUAAAUUGUUGAGAUGGUAAAUUAAUAGUAUAAGCUAGUUGGUCAUUGUAAUGUCAGUUAUCAAUAUGAUAAAUUAUAUGUUAUGACCAAAUAUGUCAUUAUAAAGUCCUUUGUUCAGAUGGUAAAUUGAAUGGUAAAAGUCAUUUGUUGAGAUUAAAAAUUGAAGGAAUGACCAAAUUGGUCAUUAUAAAUUUGUUGAGAUGGUUGUGAAAAAUAAUCGAGACAUAAAUUCAACAACUUUAAAACAUUUUUGCAUUGUGCAAUAUUCCCCAGAAGUCUUUUUUUCAAGUGCUGAAAGACAGACUCGGUGUUCAUUUUACAAAUUGUUUCAAGCCUGUACUUUAAUCUUAAAUAAGCUAAAUGCUUAUUUUAUCAAUUUUUUCAAUACCCAUAACUUUAUCUGUUGAGACUCUGCUGAUGUUUUUUUUUUAAUGUUUGCCGAUAUCUAGAGUAUUGAUCUUUAAAUAAGAAAUAUAUGUAAUCUUACAUUCACGUACUAAAGUAACAAUAAUGUUCUUAGAAAUCUGUUGUUCGUACUUUUUUUUUUUUACUUUUUUAAACAACUAAUUAGUUUAUCUGUUAAUCGGAUGCGUGCUACUGACAUAAGUUUUUAAAAGUAUUGAUUCCUGCUAUAUGUUGUAGAGUUUUGAGUUACACUAGAGUAUAGUUUACCAUUGAUUCCUGUUAUAUGUUUUUGAGUAAUGAGUUAAACUAGAGUUUAGUUUUCCAUUGAUUCUUGAUAUGUUUUUGAGUUAUGAGUAAAUGUUUUGUUUAUUGUAUACUUUACUAUUGUUUUUUUUAUAUCCCGGUCAGUGUUCUAGCUCAGUGGCGUCACAAGGUUGGGGUGGGUUUGCGGUUUGCACUAAGCGACACCAUUUAGAGGGUGACACCAAAUUUAAAAAUUUGUUAAAUUUACUGUCAAAACAAUGUUAACAGUCAAAGCAAUAUUUUAUCCAGUUAAAAUAAAGUAGAAGUCAAAAGAGAUGACACCAACGUUAAAAAUGCACAUUUUUGGCGGAGACAUCCUCAAUUACUGGGGGGGGGGGGGGAGAACACCUGACCUAGUGACGCCACUGUCUAGCCAGAUUGUUUGAAUGUGUUCUUUGAAAAGUUCUGCACGCUCAAGCUUUUAUCAAAAUAUAACCAUGAUACCAUUUUUUUUCUCUGCCGUGAUUUAUUUGAUCUAAUUAUGCUACUUUAUUGUAGCUCUUUAGACCUCUUGUUCUUCUAGCCAUCCCAGUCAUAUCUGAACUCAUCCUUUUUGUUUUGCAUUUUACGCUUUUUAUUUUUAUCUUACCACUGUGUUAUUAUUACACCCUUGUAUUUUAUUGGGUAUUUUAUCCUUUCGGCUUUUUAAUGUUUUACCAAGGUCAUAGAAUUAUAUAAUUGUGUUUCAUGUAUUGUGCCGUUUUGCAAUUGUCGAAUGCUUAUAAUCAUUUUUCUAAUAUAAUUUUUAUUUCAGGGAGUUUUGCUUAUGUCCUACCAGUAUUUAUAUUGAACUGAUAAAUGUACAAUUAGAUUGAGCUUUUUCCUCUAAGCUUUUUUUUUUAAUUACCAAUAGGCCUGCUUAAAAUUAGCUAAUUGUUUUAAUUAACGUUUCACUAUAUAAAGCUGUAACCAUAAUUAAGAAAAAAAACUAAUUAGUUUGUAAAAAUCCUGAUUCAUUUUUGGAGUUGAUCACUAAUGCUAAAAAUUCAAUAUGGUGCUUAUUCUUCUUUUACUUUUUAUAAGAUGUAUAUUACCGACAAAGUGUGAAAUGCAGAUGUAUUCUAUAGAAUACCUAAAUUAAAUAUUCUAAUUGAAUGGUGAUGCCUUUAGGCAAGGUUGCCUACAUAAUAUCUUAUAUGAGCUAUAUAAUUGUAUACUUUGCUUAGGCAUUAUGAUAAUACCUAGGCAUUCUUCAAAUAGACAUGAACUCUUUAAGGCAAAGUGCAAAAUGUCAAUUUUCGUUUAAGGUUUCAUGUCAAAAUGUGUAACAAUGAAGUAAAACUGAGUUAGCAAUAUAAAGGCUCUUUUUGUUUUUAAACUACAAAAUAUUUGAAAGAGAUUUUUUCAAAAAGUAAGAUUAAGUUUAGGGUUAGGGUAAGAGUCAGUGGAAUUUCACCAUUGCUUUUUUAAGAGUAUUGUUAACUAGAUUAUUUCUUUUGUAUUCAAAUUUGUGUCAGUGUUUUGCACAAGCUAAUAGGUGAAUAUUUACUCCAAAUUUUAAUGGUACCGGUAUUUUCACUAGGCCUACCUCUUGUCUUGUUAGAGCAUUGAAUUAGUAGCCUACUCUAGUCUAAUAUUGUGAAAUGUUUUGGGAGUAGAAUGCCUAUUCUAUGCUUCCCUUGUUUGCAAUGUGUAGAGUUGGAUUUACCUCCAAAUUUGAUUUCCUAUUUUAGACAUUCUGUGGAAUGACUGGUUUUGCACUUUCUAGUAACAAUAAUAUUUAAAAUUUAUGGGAUUUUUUCUUGUUUUGUUUUUUACAAUUAUCUUUGUUAUAUGAUUUUUAAAGAAUUCUGUGUGCUUUGAUGCCUCAAUGUACAAUACUUUACUUGAGUCUACUGUAACUGCAUGAUGGAUUAGUGGAUUGAUCUCAAGGCAUAUUUUUCUGGUCUAUCUUGUAGCUCAGUCUCAGAUAUUAAAUAGUCAGUUGAUA